AUGAAUCACAACGAGUUCACCGAGAGCGAGUCCAUGAUGGGCUCCGAUGAGAUGUGGUCAACACCAGUCACCCAGUCUAAGCCUCGACCUAUGCCAAUUUACCAAGGACUUUCUUUCUGCGGUGCCGAGGAUUUCUCAUCAGUACCCUCCUGGGACACAUCUUCUGUCUCGUUCCAGCAAACUCCCAGCGAGACCAUGUCCCGUCCUGUUUCUAUGCACCAAGACUUUUACCCUCCCACCAUGGACAACGCAUCAUGGAUGGAUAAGCCGACUGAGGAUCACUUUGAUCUUCAUGGCAUGGAUUACGAUAUGACCAUGGGAAUGGGUAACUCUUUCACUGCUGAUGAGGCUAUUCCUGUUCUUGACCUCAAGCAUGGUGCACUUGUUGAGGAGGAUCUGAUGGCCAUCGAUGGUGGUUCAAAACAGCGUCGCAUGUCCGGUUCUUCCUUCUCCAUGUCCACCUCUGGUGCAUUCUCCGACAUGCACCAUGAUGACUUCUCGGCAGCUCUCUCUGAGGCACCCUCCUUCACCUCAGACUACCCUCAUCGUUCCAACCGCACUUCCAUGAUGUCCUCAACUCAGCUCUCGCCCGUUGCUUCACCGCGAAUGACCCCUCAGUCCAGGACCGACCUCGUUCGAACUCAGAGCCGUGGCCGUGGCGCUUCUCCUUCUCCACGACCAGUCAACGUACGAUCUGCCCCUUACAGUGUCGAAGGCCCCAGAAUCAAGCGAUGGUCUACAGGCACUUACGGAGCCCCUGCGAGCCGAAAGCCUGCUCAAUACGCCUACCACCCUUGCCAGGACGUGUACAACAACCACCAGCAGAUGUUUUCCGGCCACUCUUCUCCCGCUAUUGGCGCCUCUCCUCUGCCCCUCAACUACGGCAACCUCCAGGCAAUGCAACAGGCCCCAUUCGUCGUCCCCAGCACUCCUGUCUUCCAGAGGAACAGCAUGUUGCUUCCCACCCAGCUCCCAUCUCAGAUGGCACAGCAGCAGCAAUGGCAAACCGACGUCAACCACUACGCCCCGCCCCAGCCUCUUCUGUCUCAUGGUCUUUUCAGGAUGCUUCAGAGCAACGGUGACGCCAGCUGCCUUAGCGGCCACUACACCGACCUCUCUGACCCUCCGGAUCUGUACGCUGCUCUCCAUGAGGAGCAGAUUCCUCCUCCCGCUGAGGACAUGAACCCCGAGGACCCCGACAUGAUUCCCCGCGAGCAGGAAUUGCGAUUUGAAGGCGACCUUUACACCCCUAGAUGGGUCCGGGGACACGGCAACAAGCGCGAGGGAUGGUGUGGAAUCUGCAAGCCCGGAAGGUGGCUCGUGUUGAAGAACUCGGCCUUUUGGUACGACAAGUCCUUCUCUCAUGGUAUCAGUGCCGCCACCGGAAGCUCGUUCCAGGAACCUCAGCAGAAGCGACGCAUGGAUGGCAACCCUGAUGUUUGGGAAGGCCUUUGCGGCAGCUGCAAUGAGUGGAUCGCACUCGUCAGCAGCAAGAAGAAGGGAACCACCUGGUUCAGACACGCUUACAAGUGCCACACACACCUCAAGGUCAAGGAUACGCCCAAACGUCGCCGCGAGAGCAGCAACGCCAGGGCCUUAGCCAUGUCGAGCAUGGCAAAGCCCAAGACCGAUCAACGACCUAUCACGCCCCAGAUGCCAGGCUCCUCGAUGGAGUCGGCUACUACGCCCAGACCUUCUGUCAUGCCACACAUUACAUCUCACCCUCAGUCUCACCAUCAUCUUCUUACUCCUCAGGAGCCCUACACCAUUGACCCGAUGUCUGGAAACGUCCUCGUCACGACCGAACCCUUUCCGAACAUGAUUUAA